CCGCGAGCUGGAAAAAGCCAGUGCAGUGGCCCGACGCCAAUGGCAUCUUGCAAACUCUCGUGAGUGCCCUGCACAUUUGGGGCUCCUCUCGCGCUGCUUUCUUGAGUCGCGUCUCCAACCAGUUGCUGCAUCUCAGCCCGUACUGUCGCUGUCGCUGAACCAGCCCUCUUUCGUCCGUGGAAGACAGAGCUGCUGCCCAUCGAAAAGCCUAUCCAUCAUCACCCACAGUAGCUUUGGGACUCAAGAACAGGCCAGUGGCUCGGUGCAACGCUUCCCAACCGACUCGCAGCGACAUCCCAUCGAAUUCACCUCCCUCAACUCACCGCCGUCCCUAUGCCUAGCAGUUCGCAGACAGUCACGUCCUCCGUAGCGCGUCUUGCGCGGAGCACAAUCGACCAAGUUGGCACCGCCAUCGUGGGCAUGCUACUAGCUUCCGUCUGCACUCUCAUGAUUUUCUGCCUAUCGCCCAGGCGUACCCUAUUUUACUUGAUACGCAGUCUGGUCAUACCAACGUUGCCCGAUCAGUACAAGUAUGCGGUGGCCAUCGUCGAACUCCCGACCUUGGUGUGGAUCGUCUUGGCCAUUCUGUUCUGCACUUGGGCUCCGUUUGUCUGCGGUCGGGAUCGCUUCUCGGGUCGAGGAAUCGGUCUCGCGACACGGGCACUACUCUACAUUUCCGCUACAGCGUCUGGCGCGUUGAUCACCCUCGCUCCUCUCACUCUGUUCACUCUGGGCAACUUCAUGCUUGUCUCGCAAGUGGCUUCCUUUGCGUCAUGGGAAGACUUUGUGAAAUCCUGCGUUGCUGUCCCGGGUGGCGACAUCAUGAUGUUCGAGGCUGGAAACCAGAGUGCCGAGGGAAAAGAGCUCCGUGCCUCGAGUCACGGUAACACGACCCAGGAGGCCCAUCUUCGAAACCAAAAAGACAAGACUACGUUGUGAUCCUCCACGAGGAUCACCUGCCAGCAUCGUUCCUUCCGCCCGAAGCUUCAACGACUCAAACUAUCCUGUCCAUCCACAAUCUUUGUUGUUCCAUUCGUACAUGUAUGCCCGAUCUGUGUUAUGCACUUACGCGUCUUACCACAAACGCCUGGUCUCGAUUGCACAAGGACGUUUAGCCCUUACGUUGCCUGUGAACAGACACCGUUGGACUUAGGUGCCGAGAGCCACUCAUACGCUGAAUACUGUG